UCACCUGCACUUUCUCCAAGCUUCCAGACUUCAGAACCUGAGGCAUCAUCUUUUGCUGUCUACUUCCAGAAGACGUUAAGGCAUUAAAAUGAAGGCUCUCGUUUUGAUUGCUGUCAUCUUGACUUUCACUGCUUACUUCUCGUCUGGUGAAAGUUCCGAAGAGCAUUUUAAACCAUUUAAACAAUUAAGGUCUAAGCUGUUGAGAGGAUUUGCUGCAAAAUUUGGACUAGGUCCUGGAAGACCAGGUGCUCACUUCGGUCAUCAUGAAGUCCCCGGAGGCCACCAACUCCAUCCCCACCCCCAUCGUGCCCAAUCCCCACAUGGACCAUCACCCAGACCUACAUCACCACCUGAGAACAUCGUCCAUCCUACUUCUCAAGCAUUAUCAGCUCCUUCUCGUCCUCCUCCAACCGUAAUUUACACCACCGCCGCUAAUGCUGCCACCACCGCCGCUAACGCCGCAGCCACCACCGCCCCUGAUGCCGCAGCCACCACAGCCGCCGCUGCUGCCACCACCAUGGCUUCCCCUGCCUCGGCCCAAAACACUGCAGGUGCUGUACCCAGCACUACGGCUUCCAGUGCCCAACAACCUGAAAACAUCACCAGCGCCCCUGCGGCUGGCACCACCACCGCCCCAGUAGCCGACACCACUGCUGCCAACCUUCAGCAAGGGGAACAGUAAAUUCCACAACUGUCCAAAAUUACAGAUGUACCAAACCGCAAGAAGACAGAGGCAGACCAAGAUCCUGAAAAACUGAAUAUUGAUGUAUUAUGAUCACCUUCUCUCACCGUCUCAAUUUUAACAAAAAUACAGGAGAAGAUACAAAAAUAAAGGGAUGUGGGUUCUUAGUGCUUCUUCUUUAGUUUUGCUAUACUGUACAAACUUCAAAGAUAACCUGAUUUAUGCAUUUG